AGAGCGAAGCCAUUUCCGGCGAGUUUUCUAGAAACUUGUGUCGUUAUAAAUCAGGCUGCUAUCAGACAAUUCAAUCAGAAGACCCGGGGUUUAAAGUCAAUCUCGCAAGUUUUAUUUUAUUGCGAUUUUUGCUCUUGCAACUUUGUAAGUCAAGCUGAUUUACCUUAUUUGUUUUUCCAACAAGUAUUAAUAGUGGACGCUAGGCUAGCUAUCUAGCUAUCCAACGCAUAACACGGCACGCUGUCAGUGUGCAUGAGUGUGUGCUGCUGGCGUGGUGGUGGUUGUACCCGGGCUGGCUAACAUCGCCACUGCUAGACAGUUGAUCAAUACAACGUUUGCUAGCUGUAUUCAUUCUCGAAUCAGUUGGGUACACCAUUUCUACUAUUUUUUCUAUCAUAUAAUACUAUCAUGGCUAAGUGGGGAGAGGGGGAUCCGCGUUGGAUCGUGGAAGAGCGAGCCGAUGCGACAAACGUCAACAACUGGCAUUGGACGGAGCGUGAUGCCACAGGGUGGUCGUCAGACAAGUUGAAGGAACUGCUUCAGGGAGUUCGCGUGGAGGGUGCCGAGGGCAGCGUCGAAGUCACCGACGUCCCAAAACUGGAGGGGGAGGCGUCCAUCAACAAUCGCAAAGGAAAGCUCAUCUACUUCUAUGAAUGGGUCGUCAAAGCAUCCUGGACAGGAACUACAAAAAAUGGUAUCAAGUACAAAGGGAACAUCGAUGUUUCAAACCUAUCGGACGAAAAUGAUAUGGACGACUUGGACAUCAGCGUCUCGUUGUGUAAGGAUGAGCCCAACACACCCCUGCUCGACCUCAUGAAGAAGGAAGGGAUCAAGCUUGUCCGCGCUGCCUUGGGGAGCUACGUCGGCCACCUCAGGACAGAGUUCACCCAGGGCAUGAUAUUGCCCACGGUGAAUGGUGUCAGUGAGCCACAGCCAUCGCAGUCCAAAACUCAGAGCCAGGUUAAAGUAAAGACUCAGAUUACCUCCUCAGUCAAAGUCCCAGCUCCUGCACCCAGCUCAGGCGUCAAGAUCCCCACCUGCAAGUUCAGUCUAAAGGAGAGGUUCCUGACCUCUGCCGAUGAGCUGUACAGAACCUUCAUCAACCAGGAAAUGGUCCAGGUGUUCACUCACUCAGCAGCCGUUGUCGAGGGAUAUAAAGGAGGGAAGUUUCAGCUGUUGGAUGGCAAUGUCAAUGGAGAGUUCCAGGAUCUGGUCCCAGAUGAAAAGAUUGUCAUGAGAUGGAGGUUCAAGACCUGGCCAAGUGAACAUUACGCUACAAUCAGCCUGAACAUGAAGGACCUGGGAGAUGAAACUGAGCUCAAGCUGGAAUGUAAGGGCGUCCCGUUGGCAGAAGAGGAUCGUACGAAAGAGGGAUGGAAGAGAUACUACUUUCAAGCUAUCAAACAGACUUUCGGAUAUGGCAUCAGUCUCUAAUGACGAUUCAUUCUUUUGAAUUAUGUAUUAAAGAAUAAGAGCCGGGUUAUUUAAUGUAAAUGCUCUCCCCUUUCGACGCGUUCUCAUGCAGCACCAGUCCUACAGUGAGCAGAAACAGACCGUGCUUUGUCCUGUUGGAAGACUGCUGGUUUAAGGUUCUUAGGGCCACAGUUUACUGUCUGCUUCAUGAGCGCUUUCGGGAAAGGCAAUGUAGAGCACAUGUCACUAGAUCUAUGUAACUUAUAUUCACCUGCCUAAAGGAUUUGGACUUUGUUCUCAUUUCUGCACAUUUGGCGUGUCAGAUACAAAAUAAAAUAAAUGCAACUGAAUUUUUACCGAA